AAAGAAAAAAACAAAGGGAAAAAAAAAGAGAAAAAAAGGAAAGAAGAAAAGAAAGAAACUUCCUUUGAUCCCUUCCUUACUUAUAAUCACUACUUCUCUCUCUUCCCUUCAUUUUCACCAAAGCUCUAAUCUUUACCCUGAAUCCUUCACAACCCACCUUCUCUUUUUCUCUUCUUUGAUCCCGGUCUUCGUCCUUUUAUAAUUCUCAAUCAGUCUCCAAUUUAAAAAUCCGAUUUUUAAGUUUUAACCCCCUUUUCUUUACCUAGCAUCCUUGUUACUCUGCUGAUUAUCGAUCCGAAAAGGGGGAAGUAGCUGUUUUGUUUAAGUUUCCGUGAUUAUGAGGAAGAGGGAGAGGGAAAACCCCUGUGGAGUGUGUGGGCACUAUCACAAGUACGAAGAAGGUGAAGUGUGUUCGGUUUGCGGCCACCGGAUUCCCGUUGGAUCGGAGAAAUCAUCAGUGCAAGUUAGCGCCUUCCCGUCGGUGAUCUUGCCGGAGUUUCUGUACCUCGGUAGCUACGACAACGCAUCGCGCUCUGAGCUUCUCAAGACUCAAGGAAUCUCUCGUAUCCUCAAUACUGUUCCUUCCUGUCAAAAUCUCUACAAGAACUCAUUUACCUAUCACUGCCUACCAGAUGAUAAAACUUUGCCAUUUGAAGAAGCAAUUCAGUUUUUAGAGCAAUGUGAGAAAGAUAAGGCUCGUGUUCUGGUUCAUUGCAUGUCUGGAAAGAGUAGGUCUCCAGCCAUCGUGAUUGCAUACUUGAUGAAGUCAAAAGGAUGGAGACUGGCACAAAGUUAUCAAUGGGUCAAGGAACGGCGACCAUCUGUGGAAUUAACAGAAGUUGUCUUCCAGCAACUGCAGGAGUUUGAGAACAAGAUGUUCGGAUCAAUCGACGGUGGCGGCUCUGUUCUGGCUGGUUUCUCUCCUGCUGCAGGUCCGAUCAACUUUGGCUUCCCAAAGAUCAGUGAGUCGGCUCCAUCACAUCCCGCCUUCACUGCUGCUGGAACUACUUCAAUAUUCGCCCGACCACCCUUAGAUAUAGCUCCGGCCGAGUUCACAUUUGGAGCUGGCCAAACACAGAAGGUUGUGACUGGAAUCCCAUUCAAUGCAAAUCCACCAAAUCCAAAUGGCACAGAUAUCCAAAUGGAUGGUUCUUGACUUCUUGAUCAUGAUCACAACCAUGUUUCAAUAAUCAUCAAUGACUUGUGAAAGUAUACAAAGUUUUUUUUUUCUUUUAAUUUUUUCUUUUGUUUAUUUAAAAUAUUUUCAUAGUUUUUUUUUUCAAAUUACAAUUACCUUGCUUUGUAGUGUUGACUUUUACACCAUAUUGUAGUUUUACUGCUCUAAUGUGCACCAAUAGAUCUGCACUUUUGACAUUA